UUGCAUUAUGAAAGGCACAAAUAUGUGUGCACAAAAUUAUGAGCUUCAUUGCGUGAAAAAGUUCAUGUUUUUGAGCCAGACAAAUUAUAGUUUUAGUUAAAAUGCUCUUUGUCACAUAAAAGAAAAAUUUGUACUUUUGGUUUCUGUUCUAUUUUCCAUGACAGGGUGUUACCCUGAUCUGAGUCCGCAGUGCUUUCCUUGUAUUCUCGUAGGAAGACUAAUACGUUUUUCGAUACUUUUCUAUGCGUGAAUAAUUGUUUUGGGUCAAACAAAUAUUGGACCGCAAUGCAGCUCAUCAUUUUGUUAAUUUACGCAACUUUUGUACGCACAGAAUUACACACUUUGAUCACCACAUACACUGGAGUAAGAGGCAUUGAAGGAAUCCCUGAGUUUUGGGCUGUGUCUACAUUGGAUGGGAAGCAGAUUAAUUAUUAUGACAGUAUUACACAGACGCUUAUUCCCAAACAGAAAUGGUUAGAGAACUAUUCAUCUUCAGAAAUUUGGAAAGAAGAUACUGUUAUCAGAAGAAAGGCACAGGACAACUUUAAAAACAGUAUUGAUAGGCUAGUUAGACGCUUUAAUCAAUCGGACGGUAUACACACUUACCAGAGGAUGUAUGGCUGCAGUUGGGAUAGUGAGACGGACGAAUCGGAUGGGUUUGAUAUGUAUGGUUAUGAUGGAGAAGAUUUCAUUACAUUAGAGCUGAAGAACAAAAGAUACACAACACCUUUACCACAGGUGAUUCCCAUUGCAGAAAAUUGGACCAGGAAGCUUCAGGAUGAAAUUAUACCACACUACUUGAGAUAUGAAUGUUCGUUCUUCCUAAAGUACUUUUUGUGUUUGGCUAAUGGUACUUUAAACAAAACAGCUCUACCUGAGGUGUCUCUUCUGCAGAAGAACCCCAUGGCACCAGUGGUGUGCCAUGCCACAGGUUUUUUACCCAAAACUGCAUCCAUUGUGUGGAGGAAAAAUAGAAAACCUUUAAACAACACCCAGCUAGUGAACUUGGAGGUAUGUCGGCCAAAUGAAGAUGGGACCUUUCAGAUGUAUGCGGCCCUCUACGUGAUCCUAGAUGAAUGGAAAAAGGACAAGUAUGUUUGUGUUGUGGAGCACCAGAGCUGGACAGAGAGGAUCCAGAAGAUCUUGACUGAGGAUGAGAUUAAGAGAAAUAGUUCAGACCAGAAGAGAUCUGCACCAUGCGUGGUUGUGACCCUUGUUUCUAUUGCUGGUGUUGUUGUUUGUUUCCUUUUUUGCUGAAAUAAGUAAGUCUUUCUACGAGAAAUCCCCAACAAAAACACACUAUUUUGCCAUUAAGUCUCAAUGUGUUGAAAAUAGAUGUUGUUGCAUUCACUUCAGCCUUAACAAAUAAUGGGUAACAAUUUACAACACUUUACUUGUUAUUAUCUUAUGUUAGUUAAUGCAUUUAUCAUUUAUCAUUUAUGCAUUUAAGCCUUAUUGCAAAGUGUAACAAAAUAAUUGAAUGUCUGGUUUUAAGGUCAAUUCAUUUUGAGUAUAUAUCUUUAUACAUGUUUUUUAUUAUAGACACAAAUAUUUAAAGCUUAUAUCAUGUUAUAAAUUUGUCAUCAACAUUUAGAAAUGGGCAAAACUGAAGAAAAAACCCAGAUCUUCAUGAACAUGGACACCUUGUUUACAGGACAUUUUUUAUUGAUAGUACUUUAAGCUUAUACAGUACAUUCACUAAGUUGUAUAAGACCAAUGUGCAUUACCGUCACUGUGACUUUAUUCUACAUUCACUUACUUCUAUCAAUUGUUAAAUACUUGGUGUCAUUACCAAAUGUGAAAUGUCUUUGUGCAAUAUUAUUACUUGGUCACUUUAUUCGGCUGAAGUCACCUAUUUCAUUUCAGUCUGUUACUUCUGGUAACACUUCCUUCAUGUACACACUUCAAAAACUCACAGAAGGGUAUAUUUAGGUAACAGUUAAAUGUCAUGUGUUAACAUCAUGUUUGGACUAUGCUUUCAGCAAACUGCGUAACUGAGUAUUUUGGGAAGUGAAUGAUGCAUGGACAGAACCUGUUUUAACUGUGUGCUUUAGACUAUCCAGAUGUCUUCCAUACAGAGAAAAAGGGAUAGGCCUAUUGUCAACAACCAAUCACUGCUGUGACACAGAUAGGUGCUUAAUCUCCUGAUCAAAAAGGGUUAAAUGUACACAUAAACACACCCUGUUCUGAAUCUUUGUUCAGAAGACAUUAACAUAAGAUGUUGAAUACUUUGAAGAGAUUGUCGAGAAAAAUUUACUCUGGGGGUCGAACUUUCUCUUCAAUGUUUCUGUGGAAGACUACAUCCAAUGUAAAUAAGAAUGUAAAUAUCCUUCCCCAAACAUCUUGUCAAAGACAAGGCCAUUAACUUACAUUAAUGUUUGUUCUAAACAAGCAGUCAUUUGCAUAUAAGAAACAGUUGCCACAAAUACGGAUGUACCAAUUGCUAACAUCAGCUUAAAAUAUUAUUCAUUCUGUUAGAUAACAUUAUUAUGUCAUAAAAGCAUUACAUUUCCUCAUGUCAUGAAAUAUAUUUUACUACUUUUAAUACACACUGUGACCUAUAUGUUCUUGUAUGUUCUUCUUGUAUAUAAAGAGGGGGUUUUCCUUUAAGCUCAACUAUGUCAACAUAACAAAAGGGUUUCCCAUUACAAUA